GGGAAAAGGCCAGAAUUGUUUUGCGGUGUUUGCCCACUCCCGUUGCCCGCAGUUUCGGGCGUUUACAAGUAGCGACAUGACGUCCUCGAUUUCCGAAUACGUGCUGCGCGAACCAUCCGCUUGAGGGGACAUUUGGACUUUGGAAAUCUGAACCAACUGGCUGAGGGACCAGGUGUUCCUUAUGCAGUGACUGGGAUUGGUGCAAUGGCUUCAAGAAAAGUCCAUGCCAGCGCUGUACGCAGCCUAGGACGCUCACAACGGCCCAGGAUCAUUCAAUCAUGGUCUCGUGUCCCAGCACCCAUUGCCCGACAUUACUCCCGUGAAGCCCAGUCUGCCCAUCAAGCUUGGAAGAGACCAUCUACAGCAAUUCUUGCGGCAGCGGCUACUCUUGCAGUAGUCUACAGUGCCUCACAGCUCCACGAAGCCCAGGCCGAAGUCCCGACAUCUGAUUCCCCGGAACUGCUCAUUGAGAAAUCGAAGAAAAAGAAGGGGGCGUCAAAAGAGGAGAUCCGGGACUUGAUCAGUUCGCAACAUCUACAAGUCAAGAAGAGUUGGGAGAAUCCAGGGGUAUACGCCUGGGGAUCAAACACUGGCAAGGUUGUCGCACCAGACUCGAAUGAAGCAUACAUUAAGACUCCGCGGAGAAUACCAUAUUUUGAUGAUGUUCUACUGCGGGAUCUCAAGCUCGACAGGAACUUCGGUGCAGCUGUCUUGGAGAAUGGAGAUCUAGUGCAAUGGGGCAAAGCAUACUCAGAAGACUCGGCACAACCAACGGUCACGCUGAAGGGCAAGAAUCUCAAGUCUAUCGUCAUAUCAAGGGACAGAAUCAUUGGACUCGGCAAGAACGGCACUGUUUAUUCGGUACCAGUGUCCAAGGCCGACCAAGAGUCUGGCAAAAAGCUGAGCGAAAGUUCAUGGAUCCCGUUCUGGGAGAGUACAUCCGACAUUGCCUACAGAAAGUUAACGCCCAAAGGACUUGGAACACGAGAAAAAGUCACAGCCAUCAGCGGCGGCCUCGAGCACGUCCUUCUGCUCACGAAUUCAGGCCGCGUCUUUUCCGCCGCUUCUGGAACCGAAGAUUUCCCCAGCCGCGGCCAACUUGGAGUCCCUGGCGUGACAUGGCUUACCCGCCCCGAAGGCCCCUUCGAUAUGUGCCACGAGCUGACCACCCUCAAGGGCUUCGAGAUCCAAAAAAUGGCAUCCGGCGAUACACACUCCCUCGUGCUCGACAAAGAAGGCCGCGUCUUUGCCUUCGGCGACAACUCCUCCGGCCAAUUGGGUCUCCAGUACAAUCCUGAAUCACCAUACGUCGAUACUCCCUCCCUCUUGCCCAUCACGAAGUACUACCAAGGCACGAAUCAAGUGCCCAAAGUGACAUCCAUCUCCGCCGGCGGACAGAACAGCUUCUUGUCCAUUGACGCAACACGUGUGGUUGGUCCGUCCGAAGAUCCCAGCGAGGUGCGAACCCUCGGCCGCGUCACAAGCGAUAUGUGGUCCUGCGGCACAGGCAUCCGCGGCACUCUGGGCAAUGGGCGGUGGACGCACGUCCAGGACGGGCUUACCAAGAUCCCUUCGUUGAGUGGCCUCUUCGAGUACGACGAGAAGAACAAGGCUGUCGUGCCAAUUCGGAUGGCACAGAUCAGCGUUGGCUCAACGCACGUGUCGGCAGUCAUGGAUAAUGUGACAUACCUGGACGCGAGCGAGAAGAGUUCGGAGAACGACACGAAUUGGGGCGCCGAUGUGCUCUGGUGGGGUGGGAACGAGUUCUACCAGCUUGGGACUGGGAAGAGGAAUAAUGUGCCUAAUCCAAUGUAUAUCAGGCCACUGGACACGGCUGCCGAGAUUGAGGCCGGGCGCAAAGAGGAGCAUAGGUUUCACCUUACACCGAAGCAUGCCGUUAAGGUCAAGGGGAGGAAAGUCCAGAUGGAGCAGAGAGUUGAGUGUGGGAGGAAUGUCACUGCUGUGUACAGUGCUGUGUGAGUCAGACUCCGAUCUUUACCGAAGCAGCCGGUUUGGUGACUGCCAGGAUUCACGCUCUACGAUUACCCUCUCAAUCAGGGGCUUUCGAGACAAUUUAGGGAAUUCGAGACUAUCUUGCUACGGAAUUGUUAUUGUGCUGCCCCAGAUGCCCCAACCUUGCCCCGAUGCACUGCGAGACUGGCCCAGAUGCACACGCUUUGAGGAAUGGGGUGAUACCCAUGUUACCAGCUUCAGAGGAUCAGCCAGCCGCAGAAGGAAGACCGGGACCGAGCAGAAAUAUGCAGAAGCAUGCAGAAGCCAGAGUAUGGGAAGCAAGACUGACAAUGGCCAUCAUUAUGUUCAUUCCUGCAAGCAUGAGCCAUUCUGCUCUCAUUCCGUACAUCGUUCAGCUCUAGCACCAUCCAGGGCGAGCUCAAUAAAGUGC